CUUGUAGAGUCUGAAAAUAGAGAUGUAGAAGAGUUUUCGGCUCUUCCACCAUCUCUCUCUUCUUCUCUCUCCAUGGAUAUGGAUACGCCGGAAAGAAACCAGAUCGGCACUCCAAUUUCUAAAUUCGAGGACUCUCCUGUCUUUAAUUAUAUCAACAGCCUUUCUCCUAUUCAACCGGUUAAGUCUAUGCACAUUGCUCAAACAUUCAACUCACUCACUUUUGCACCCCUGCCAUCCGUGUUUACUUCGCCACAUGCCAUUUCACACAAGGAGUCUAGAUUUUUAAGAAGGCAUCAUUUAUCAGAUCUGUCAAAGCCCGAUUUUUCUGGGAAUGGAAAUGAAGGCAAUACUAGUGUUGGGGUUUUGGAUUCUGUUCAACUUCCCGAUUGCUCUGCUCCACAGGAAAGUUUUGACCCGGGGAGUUCUAUUAAAGAGGUUACUGAGUCCUCAAAUCUUGCUAUUGAAUUGCCAAGGAAUAUGAAGUAUGAUUGUGGUAGCCCUGACUGUAUCCCAAUGCCUUCCGAUGGAAUUAAGAUGGACCCUCUGCCAGAAAUCACUGCAACACCAGCAUCACUUGUUCGUUUUGUUCAAGAGGUCUCAGAUGAAAGGCGGCAUUCAUUUGAAAGUAAACUAGAAGUACAGGAGAUUUGUCAGGUUGACCAUAACAGAGAUGAAGGGACCGAAUGUGAUUGGGAGCAUUUGAUUUCUGAUGCUGCUGAUCUGUUAAUUCUCGAUGCUUCCAUUGACGCAGGGGCUCCAAAGAAGCGGAACCUGGAAUUAGUGCAUCAUGAGACUGGUUCUUUUGCUUCUCUUGUGUCAAAUCUCCCAGAAUGUAAUUCUGAUGACUUGCAGAAAACACAGCCUGUGGGUCUAGUCGACUCUUGUGAAAAACAUGAAAUAGAGGAUCCUGUGUCUCAUCCAGAAGAAGUUAGAAAGCAGAAGGAAAUGGAUAACAUACUGCAGGCUUCAUCAAGUACUUUUUCAAGUGAGCAAGUGAUUAGUGGUCCAAGUGAGGGAAUGGAUGAGAAAGUUGAAAACUGCAUUUCAGUUGGUGGCAAGGCUGACCUACAGCAUCAACGUGGUAUGAGAAGGCGCUGUCUGGUUUUUGAGAUGGCUGGAGCACAAAAAAAAAACUUGGGUGAUGAUUCUAAAAGCAGUUCUUCAGUCUCAUCCCUUUCUGAUGUAAAAGAUUCUGAUGAUAAACAAUUGGUUCAUUUUAAACCUGGAAAUAGUUCUUCACCGUGCAUGCUACCAGGUAUCGGUUUGCACUUGAAUGCCCUUGCAUCUACCUCAAAGGAUUGUAGAGUUGUCAAGCAUGAAACUUUGGCUUCUGGAAGGCAACUAAUAAGCAUGAGAAGUUCCAUUACUUCUUUCCACUCUUUCACUUCUGGUCAGAUAACCCUGACUAAGUCCUUGGCUCUGAAUUCUAUGGAAAAAGAAAUAGGUCCAGCUGACAAUGGAAGUUUGGUUAUACAAGAUGCUUCCCAGGCAUCUACAUUUGGAGCUAGUGAAGAGUUCAACCCGAGUAGCCCAAAAAAGAAGAGGCGCAAGUUGGAAAAUGUUGGAGAAAGUGAAGCUUGCAAGCGUUGCAACUGUAAGAAGUCAAAAUGCUUGAAGCUUUACUGUGAAUGCUUUGCUGCCGGUGUUUAUUGUGUGGAGCCUUGUUCAUGUCAAGAAUGCUUUAACAAGCCUAUCCAUGAAGAUACUGUUCUGGCAACUCGCAAACAGAUUGAAUCCCGUAACCCACUUGCAUUUGCACCCAAAGUGAUUAGAAGCUCCGAGCCUGUUGUGGAAGUUGGGGAUGAUUCUAACAAAACUCCAGCUUCUGCCAGGCAUAAAAGAGGAUGCAACUGCAAGAAAUCAAGUUGCCUAAAGAAAUACUGUGAAUGCUAUCAGGGGGGCGUUGGAUGUUCAAUCAACUGCAGAUGCGAAGGAUGCAAGAAUACAUUUGGCAGAAAGGAUGGAUCUGCUCUAGUAGAAACAGAAGAAGCUGAACAAGAAGAGGAAGAAACAGAAACCUAUGAAAAGAACGGAGCAUAUGGAAGUGUACAGAAUAAUGAAGUCCAGAAGGAUGAAGAGCAAUAUUCUGAUUGUGUUCUGCCUAUUACACCAUCUGUUCAGAUUUGCAGAUCAUCCUUUCCACCGCCUCGUUCUUCUAGCGGGAAACCACCACGAUCUAUACUUGGCACAUCUCAGCUACAUUCCUGCCAGAAACUAGGAAAAUCAGAUUUUAUACAGCCGCGAUCCAAGUUUGAGAGAGAUUUUGAGACCAUUCUAAAAGAUGAAACCCCUGAGAUCCUAAGAGGCGAUUGUUCACCCAUCGGUGGCAUAAAGACUGCCUCUCCCAAUCGUAAGAGGGUAUCACCUCCUCAUAAUGAGUUUGGGAUGUCUCCUGGUCGGCGGAGUGGGCGGAAGCUGAUACUUCAAUCCAUCCCUUCAUUCCCAUCUCUCACCCCUCACCAUGAAACCAGUGAGUUUCCAUUGAGGUUUGAAUGAAAUGAGACAUCUUAAUUAUGGUGUAGGGGUAUUUUGUUUUAGUAGUACUAGUAGUUUGCUUAUGAUAUGUGUAUAAUAACUUCAUACCUUUCCGGUAUGUGUUGUAAUAUCCAGCUGCCUGUGUAAAAAUAUCGAUUAUUAUAUAAGUAACAGUUAU